AUGGCUGUGGCAUCGACUUCCCAACGCUCCUUCUUCAAGGACGUGCAACAUCUCUGCCGGACCAUCGACUCAUCGACAGACGGUCAGGCUGCAAUUGAAACGAUAAAUGACAUGUCAGUGCGCAUUUCCCUUUGUCCCAAAACUGGUUUCAACGCACAUGCCACCUUCUACAUGACGAUAACAGGUUCAUCAAGCUAUCCAUUGAAGCCUCCUGAAGUAUCAUUUGAUACUCCAAUUUUCCAUCCCAAUAUGUAUUUCUCUAGAGGGAACGUUUGCCUUAGUAUUUUAACGGAGUGGCGAACGUAA